AUGCUCCUGCUUGCCCUGCUCACGAGCUCUGCCGCCGGCCGCCGUCCUCCACCAAGCUCCGGCGGCCCUGUCUUACGGCGGAACGCUGCCUACCCGCGCAGCCGCACGCGCCUUGCCGCCGACGCCUUGCAGCCUCCAGAGGCGCCCUCGGCCCGAGCGAUCCGCGAGUUUGCGCUGCCGUGCCUAGGCCUGUGGCUCAGCAGCCCGGUCCUCUCGCUCAUCGACACUUCCGCGGUCGGACUCUCGGCGCUCCCGGGGAAGGGCGCGUCGUCUCUCGCCGCACUCGGGCCCGCAACCACCUUUUGCGACGGCACCGCCUACCUUUUCGCCUUCCUCAACGUGGCCACCACCAACCUGUACUCGUCCCAGCGCGCCGCCGCCGCCGCCGCCGCCGAAGGCGCCGCCGCAGGUCGCCCGUCGCCGGACUCGGAGAGUGUGGUCCGCAUCGCCGCGAGGCUGAGCUUGGCUUGCGGCCUGCGCGCGAAAAUAGAUGCGGCUGAGGUACGACGGCUCAAAGCGCGGGUGGUUCCCGCGAUGCGCCGCAACACUCCGCACCCCGAGCGCGCACUCACUCCUCUCCGCUGCACGCUGGGAAGAGUCACGCGACUCGCCGUCGUGUGGGUGGAGCAGCGCGCAAGGGGCUGGCUCGCGAUGCUCGUGCUGGUCGCGUUCGCUCCGCCGCUGCUCUCUCUGUACGUGGGCGCCGAGACCGCGUCCAACGCCGCGAUCCUCGCCCCCGCCGUGGCGUACGUGCGGAUUCGCGCCCUCUCCCUGCCGGCAGCGCUGCUGAGCGGCGUCCUGUCUGCGGCGCUGCUCGGGGCGAAGGAGUCGCUCACGCCGCUGCUCGGCUCGGCGGACUCGCUCACGCCGCUGCUCGGCUCGGCGGUGGCUGCUGUCUGCAACGUCGGGCUCGACUUGGUCGGCGUCGUCCUCCUCCGCCAGGGCGUGCCGGGCGCCGCGUGGGCCACGUCCGUCGCGCAGUGCGCGGGCACUCUCUCGCUGCUGCUCGUCGCGCGCAAGAAGCUGGUGCCGGACGGAGGCUUCGGGCUCGUGCCGCGCCGGCGGCCGGCGACGGCAGCCCGCGGCGGCGGUGGCGGCGGCGGCGGCGGCGGCGGCGGCGGCGUCUCGUCUCGCACGUUCCUGCUCUUUGCCGCGCCGGUCCUCACCCUCAUCCUGGGGAAGAUCACUUGCUUCGGCUUCAUGACCUACUCGGCCGCGCGGUUGGGCGAGCUGCCGCUCGCCUGCCACCAGCUCGCCCUCACCACCUUCUUCUUCCUGUCGCCGCUGCUCGAGCCUUGGGCAACCUCGGGAACCCUCGGGAAACCCCUCGAGAAAUCUCGGACCAUCUCGGACAACCUCGCGGAAUCUCGCGGAAUCUCGCGGAGUAUUCUCGCCGCUAUCGCGCAGGCCUUCCUCCCGCCAUACGCGCGCCCGCCCGACGGCGCAAAGGUUGCUGCGUGGCGAGACGCGGAGGCGUCCGUCGCGGCGCGUCUGCUGCGGCUGUCCAUGGCCGUCGCCGUCGGCGCCGCGCUGGCGGGCGGCGCGUUGCCGCUCUUCGGCACCGGCCUCCUGACCAACGACGCGGCCGUCGCCCUCGGCAUGCGCCGCCUAGAGUUCUGGGCGAUGCUCUGGGCACGCUGCACGAUGCCACACCCCCUCGCUCAGAUCGCACGGUGCCCCUCCUCGCUAGGCAUGCGCCCGCUGGCGGCCCCGCUCGCGAUCGCCGCCCUGCUCACCGGCGCCGUCACCGCGUCGGAGGGGACGCUGCUCGCGCGGCGCAGCCUCGGCGCGCUGUCGGUGGUGUACCUCUCCUCCGUCGCGUUGCUCCCAUUCAUGCUCACGCGAGCCUCGUCCGCGGCGGCCAUCUGGCGGACCUUUGGUCUCUUCCAGCUCAUCCGCGCGGUCGCCUUCAGCGGCCGUGUCUGGCUCCCGCGCGUGACCGCGGCGCGCAGUGCCGAGUGA